GAGAUCUGUCCCUUCAGGGACAGGCUGGACCCCUGCUGCAUUCCAGUUGCACUAAUCCACGGCAGUGGGGGAGGGAGCAAGCUUGCUCCCCCCUCAACACUUGGUGAGGUGUGAGCUGAGUCCUCUCUGCUGAGGGAACUGCAAAUCCCGGCGGCCGUCCGCCCUCCCUUCACCUGCACUUCCGCCCCGCCCACCCUGCCACCGUUCCAGGGCUUGUGCCCCAGGGCUGCCUGGAGCCUUGGGUGUCCCUGGAGCCAGGACUUUUUCUGGCAGAAGCCAAGGCUCACCGAUGUCGUCCACGACUGCAGCAAACUUAACCUUGUCCUUAGGGGUCACCAAUGCAUCAACCUUGGAUCCUGGACAGGGCACCGGGGGCCGGGCAUGGCCUGUGCUGGUAGGGGUUGUGCUGGGGGCGGUGGUCCUCUCCAUACUCAUAGCACUCGCUGCCAAGUGCCACCUCUGCCGCAAAUACCGUGCCAGCUACCAGCAUCGCCCGCUGUCCGGAACAGGAGUUGGGAACCGCCCACAGGUGGGUGAGGAUGAGGAUGACGACGGCUUCAUCGAGGACAAUUACAUUCAGCCUGGGGCUGGUGAGAUGGAGACUACAGGAAGCCGGGACCACUUCUCUCUAUAAGUCCCAUCUUUGGACACUUCCCUCCAUGCCUGGCAGUUUAAAGACAGUGACACCUCAAGUCUCAGGGUCAGAAUUCGCUAGUACCUAACGCUUGACCAGGAACCUGUUUUCUGACAUUGGUCGCCAAAGUGACAAUUCUGUUUCUCAUUAACUCUCCGAGGCUCCCCGCUGUCCCAGGAUACAGCCUGACAGUGCAUGAACGUGGGAAAAGGCCCCUGUGAGCAGACCUCUUGAUUGCCUUUCUUUGACCCCCACUUCCUACUUUACCCACUUCUUGGGCUGCAUUGACACCCCUCACGAAGGCAGCCCCGACCUACAAGUCCUGGGAUUUCACACAGGUCCCAGCAGAAGACCGUGCCAAACUUCUUACCGAAUAUUUUUUUCUUUUCAAUAAAGUAUAUGACUUGGUUAUAAUAUAUCAUGUUUUUCACAGUAAUUAAUAAAUCUAUUUUAAUGUU